AUGGCGUUAGUGUUGCGCAAUAUUUACCAAACGAUCAAUUACUAUUUCAACGAAUACAAAGAUCCCCGAGUCGAACAUUAUCCUUUGCUAGGAUCACCAUGGCCGAUCGUAGCUAUUAUUGUGCUGUACCUACAGUUCGUCAACGAUUGGGGUCGUCGAUUAAUGAAACAUCAGAAACCAUUAGAUCUGACAACGGUUAUGAAUAUGUACAAUUUGAUACAGAUCUUUUUGAACCUUUACAUCGGUAUCGUGGGUGGAUUGAACUCUUACUUCGAUUCGGACUACAGCUGGAGUUGCGAAACGAUCAACCAGAAAGACAACCCAACGAGACGUAAACUCAUCUUUGUAACAUAUCUCUAUUUUAUUUCUAAAAUUAUUGAUCUUCUAGACACGGUAUUUUUUGUAGUGCGAAAAAAGUAUAAUCAGAUCACAUUUCUUCACACCUAUCACCAUGCAGGCAUGGUAGUAGCCACGUAUAUAUUCACGAAAUUUUUAGCCGGGAGCCACGCAACACUUUUAGGGUUGAUCAACAGCUUUGUACAUGUUAUUAUGUACUUUUACUAUUUCCUGACAACCUUCAAACCGGAGUUGAAAAAUUCAUUAUGGUGGAAACGGUACAUCACCCAAGUUCAACUGGUUCAGUUCACUAUUCUGAUGCUACACUUUGGAAUCCCUCUAGUGGCAGGAUACUGUGAUUUUCCUAAAAUUCUUCUAUUUAUCGGUUUCACACAAAAUAUGUUCAUGUUCACCUUGUUUGCUGACUUUUAUGUAAAAGCGUACAUUAAAAAGAAAUAA